UUCGCGUUUUAGGAUGCACCUUGGUUUCCUAACCCGGAAAUAAAUGAUUUUUGGGGGGGCGGGUGACAUUUCUUUCAAGGAAGAAAAAUGUUGCUGGUUUUAGAAGAUCAGCACAAAAAACAUCUCUCGUUUCUGAACGAUGUCAGCAUCGAUGUUGUACGGGAACUCUGCAAGAUAACUAUGGAACUUAUCCGGAAAGGUUCCAAUGUCAAAGUGUAUCAGAAAGCAUCUCAAAAAUUGGAAGUCAGCCCAGAAACAGUUCAACAUGGAAUUGAAGGCUUGAUGUACCUUUUAACAGAGAGUUCAAAACUAAUGCUGAACGAAGUUGAUUUCCAGGACUCCAUUCUGACGCUGGGCUUUGAGGAAAGUGUGAGAGCGGCACUGCUGGAAAUGUACCUUGAGAACCGGACAGAAAUCCGAACCAUUCUCAAUGAAAUGUCUAUGGACUUGCCACACUAUCACAAUCUGGAGUGGCGUUUUGAUAUCCAGCUGGCCAGCCGAUCGUUACGUCGACAGAUCAGUCCUCAGAUUCUGUUCAAGUUGCACACAAAAGACGGCGGAAAUCUGGAAACACAAGUCUUACAAACAGACCCAGUUAAUCUGGUGCACAUGACAAAAGUCUUGGACGAUGCGUUACAAGAAAUGAAAUCUGCAUACUGCAGACGGAUUGUUCGAAAUAUUAAAUAAAACUAUUUACUCUUGUUUCAUAAUUACAUCCUUGUGCUCUGCAGCAAGUAUAUCAUACGGCUGUGGUGUGUACCAUGCUGCUUGGAGAAAAUACAUGUAUAAAAGAUCCAGUGCUGUGGCAGGA